CCUCGCGGCGGCAGCUGCCCAGUGACAGUGGCGGCGACACCAGGCCGGCCGUAGUAGCGUAGGGUCGUGCGGCCCGGAAACGCACACCCCGCCAAAGGACGGCGCGAAGAAGACCCGACCGGUGUCGCGUGUGAGGAGACCUCGCGGGCGCUGGGAGAGAGGCCGGCGUGAGGGAGCGCGGAGGCAGUGGCCACCGGCGGCCGGGCCCCGCCUCUCCUCGCGGCCGCCGCCAGCAUGAGCCACAUCCAGAUCCCGCCGGGGCUCACGGAGCUGCUGCAGGGCUACACCGUGGAGGUGCUGCGGCAGCAGCCGCCCGACCUCCUCGACUUCGCGGUGGACUACUUCACCCGCCUGCGCGAGGCGCGCUCCCAAGCCUCCGUCCCUCCCGCCGCUCCUCCUUCCGGCUCCCAGGAUCUAGAGCCCGGCCUUGGCCUUGUCGCCGACGCGAACAGGGACAGCGAGUCGGAGGACGACGAGGAUUUUGACGUUCCAAUUCCUAACAGAUUUGAUCGGCGAGUAUCAGUCUGUGCUGAGACCUAUAAUCCUGAUGAGGAAGAGGAAGAUACUGAUCCAAGGGUGAUUCAUCCUAAAACUGAUCAACAGAGAUGCAGACUUCAGGAAGCUUGCAAAGAUAUUCUCCUUUUCAAAAAUCUUGAUCAGGAACAGCUUUCUCAAGUCCUUGAUGCCAUGUUUGAAAGGACAGUCAAAGUCAACGAGCAUGUUAUUGACCAAGGAGAUGACGGAGACAACUUUUAUGUCAUAGAAAGGGGAACCUAUGAUAUUUUAGUAACAAAAGAUAAUCAAACCCGUUCUGUUGGUCAGUAUGACAACCAUGGCAGUUUUGGAGAACUAGCUCUGAUGUACAACACCCCGAGAGCUGCUACCAUUGUCGCCACUUCAGAAGGCUCCCUUUGGGGACUGGACCGUGUGACUUUUAGAAGAAUCAUCGUGAAAAACAAUGCAAAAAAGAGGAAGAUGUUUGAAUCAUUUAUUGAAUCUGUGCCGCUUCUUAAAUCACUAGAGGUGUCAGAACGAAUGAAGAUUGUGGAUGUAAUAGGAGAAAAGAUCUAUAAGGAUGGAGAGCGCAUAAUCACUCAGGGUGAAAAGGCUGAUAGCUUUUACAUUAUAGAGUCCGGCGAAGUGAGCAUCUUGAUUAGAAGCAAGACUAAAGCAAACAAGGAUGGUGGGAACCAGGAGGUCGAGAUUGCCCGCUGCCAUAAGGGUCAGUACUUUGGAGAGCUUGCACUGGUCACCAACAAACCCAGAGCUGCUUCAGCUUAUGCAGUGGGAGAUGUCAAAUGCUUAGUUAUGGACGUACAAGCAUUUGAGAGGCUUCUGGGACCCUGCAUGGACAUCAUGAAGAGAAACAUCUCACACUAUGAGGAACAGCUGGUGAAGAUGUUUGGCUCCAGUAUGGAUCUGAUCGAUCCUGGGCAGUAGGUGUGCCACACCCCAGAGCCUUCUCAGUGUGACACCAAAACUGUCCGGUCAGCCACAGAACACAUACAGUAAAACAGACACGAGAGAACUGUUCCUGCUGUUGCCACCACUGCUGCCGUGGGCAUUUCGAAAACUUGAAAGUCAACACUAAAGGACGGGUAGAGGUUCAACCUACACCUCCACUUUGCUUCUGAAAGCCCAUUAUUAGACCACUUGUAAUGAUUACUCCAGCCCAAUUUUCACAUCUUUGGUUCAAAAUGGCAUGUCUCUCCAACAAUUUAAGUGCCUGAUACAAAGUCCAAAGUGUAAACAUCUUCCUUCCCUCUCUUGCUGCUACUUUUGCUUUUGGAAGUUACUACAGGUCUGCACAAACCUGUUGUAUAACUGUAGACACCCUCCCCCAACCUUUCUCAAGAAAGGAAAUGUUGUAGCCUUUGAUCUCCUCAUUUGUCCUUUGAGAAAGUCCACAUUUGUUCACAAUUGUAGACUUUGGUUUUACAGUGGAAAAUAGUGGCAGAUGUGAUGAAGGUCUGUGGUCUUGUGGCAUUGUACUGUCUGCUGACAGCUGCACACGUUACAGCUGUCUUCAAACUCACAGUGAUGCUUAGGGAGAGGCCCUGCCCAGGGCUCAGCAGGUCAGCACCCCAAAGCACACUGAUUGGUCAUUGGUUAGAGCAGAAAAUUUGGGUUUGGCACAUUCUUCGGGUAGCAGAGAAACAGGCAAGGUUUUCUGCGUUGGGGGGGUUUUGUUUUGUUUUAGUAGAUUCUGUUUUGUUUUGUUUAAUCUCUGUACAGUUUGUAUGAAUGAAUUGCUGUCCAAUUAUAAGGAGCCAGGGUCUGGAGGUGCCAUUGCUUUAUCUGACCCAAUACUUUCCUAGGCAACUCCUGCCAUCUCUUGUUUCCAGUUGCCCCUACUGGCUAAUGGCAGUGUGUGAGCAAGAGGUUGUACUACAAAGAGAGCCCUUUUCUUCUACUCCAGAGUUGUUGCAUAGCUUUGCUGUUUAACCAUCAAUUUUUAAACUCUUUAAAGAAGAAGAAGCUAUUUUUUUGAAAUUAAAAAAAAAUUAUUUCUUUUUUUUUGUAAGGAAGGUCAGCCCUGAGCUAACAUCCAUGCUAAUUCUCCUCUUUUUUUGCUGAGGAAGACCGGCUCUGAGCUAACCUCUAUUGCCAAUCCUCCUCCUUUUAUUUUCCCCAAAGCCCCAGUAGGUAGUUGUAUGUCAUAGUUGCACAUCCUUCUAGUUGCUGUAUGUGGGACGUGGCCUCAGCAUGGCCGGAGAAGCGGUGCGUUGGUGCGCGCCUGGGAUCCGAACCCCGGGCCGCCAGUAGCAGAGCGCGCGUGCUUAACCGCUAAGCCACGGGGCCAGCCCUAAAAUUAUUUCUCUAUUUAGGAAAUUUCCUUUGGACGUAUUCAUAUAUGUCAGUUUGUCAGCAGACUCAGGCGUUCAUUCUAAAGAUCAACUCUUUUUGUUAGUUUUCAAAAAUUGGGAUAAUUUGCAGUUUCAUAGAGUUACUGUGAAGAUCUUUCUAAUUAAGAUGUUGGGAUAUUUGGGGUUCCAGUUGUUAAUCCCAGAGAAAAAUAAUUUAGCUUAUAUUUUAAAACUUUUUUAAGCUUUUAAUUAUAUCAGGUAGAAUUCUGAUGAAUUAUCCUAAUUAACUAGAUAUAUUUCAGAAUGAAAUUUUUUUUCUUCAGAAUGACAGAAUCAGAUGCUACAAGAGAUUUUUUUUUUCACACUUUUUUCACAUUUUCACGCUGUUAGUGUGAAAUUUGCAUAAAGAUAAAUUUGAAUGUCGUAGCCAAGUUUAUAUUAGGUCAAGAGCCCCUUUCUAAUAUGAUUUUUUUUUUAAUUUGUAUAACUCAAUAAAUCCCUAAGAGAUUAUAUGCUGGGGCUUAAGUCAUUCCUAUUGUGGAUAAUGAUGGAGCCCACCUGGUCACCUUGCAUUGUCCACAUAAGCCAGGCUCUCUGCUUUUACCAUGUGUAGUGUGGUCGACAGAUUUCCAGAGCGUUGACCCACUACAACCUUGGUCAGUGCUCCCUUUUCCUUGCUUUGUGAAGUGAAAGCAGAAGGAUUCUUUUCAGACUACCCUAAGUAGUCUGCUUUGCAGCUCUCAGAAUUGUGAAAGGUUGUAACUAAUACUCCAAAACAGGCAGCUAGCACUGGGAAAGCCCAUGUGGUUUUUCCCACGAUUUUCCAAGGUUCUUUUUAUGGUGUUGCUUUAUUAUCAAAUAAAUUAAGAAAGCAGAUCUAGCACUUUAACAGACAAAAACCACACCUUUUUCUUGCAGAGGUAAGAGGUACAUUGGGCUUCAGGAGUGACACAGAGAUCUAGCCCCAGACUAUGUGAGGGCUCUGUUUAAACACUGAAAGGAUGCCCCCCUUACACCUCCCGAGCCAGCAUUAGUUAGGGCUGGCUGUAAACUCCAUGCCAGAAUCACUCCUGCAGGCUACUAGGGAUGGGCCUUCUUCUCCUGCCCUGUGGCAUAUCCCAGUUCAGUCUUCCCCUUCACAGAGGCCUCUCUGACACCCUGACUCACUGAUGGUUGCUGUUUUACAGACUAGAAUUCAUCGGGUUUAAGCCCUCCUACUCUAACUACAGAUUAUCAUCAUUUCAGACCCUCACUACAUACAGGGUUCCUUGGGAGUCUGGCUUGAGGAAGGGAGACUUUAAAAGGACGAGCGUGAGGGAAAUAGGACACAGCCAUUACCAAGGUGCCAGGAGUCUGACAAUGUUUCAAUUCUCUUUAUAGCAUAGGGAAUCAAAGGUGGCAGACCAAGUCUGACUCAGGGCUGUGGUCUCUACAUUGUGCUGGGCAAGCCCUGCACUGAUGGUUGAGCCUCAUGAGAAGGAGUAUGUGUUGGGAAGAGAUCCCUUGUUAAUUGUUUAUAUUGUUCUCUUCUAUCAGAGCUUCACAUGCUCUUUUCUGGCUUUACUAUUGAUUUUGGAUGGCAGAGAAUGUUCCUGAGAGCCUUGAGGUCCAACCUGCAGUAUUAUCCUUCCUUCUGCCCCCAGUUUAUCACACCCACUCUCUUCUUUUGAUUAUAUUCUCUGAAGGAAGGGUUCUGCUUUGUCCUCUUAGUUGACACUUCUUAUAUAUAAUUGCUAUAGAUUCUCAGAAAUCAGGGUGGAGCUUUUCUUUGAGCAGUUUAGUGAGCGAAUUCAGCAGCAAAGUGGCAAGAAAUGGUUCUCGAGCCAGGGGAGCUCAUGUGCAUCCUCUUGCCCAGAUUCUCUGCUCACAAUGGUAGAGAAGUCAGUGAGAAGUGCCACUGGCACCCAACAGCACCCUGGGCACGCAGCAUUUCCAUGUCUCGUGUCACAGUGUACAAACAAUCCUCUCUCAUUUAGAAAAAUUGAAAGAGCAUUUUUGCACAGAGAAAAAGGAAAAAGACCCAUGAAUGUCAUCUUUUUUCUUUUGUCUUCAGUUGGCUGAUGUUGGAAUUUUUGUUCUCAACAUGCCCUUGUAAACCAGUCUUGCCAAGAGACGAGUUGUUUUGGUUUUUCACUCCAGUUACCUCUUGUUCAUCCUGUCUUGACUGCUGAUGUUCCUCGAUGAUUCUAAUGUCUAUUUUAUGGGAAGCAGCCUUCCCGUGGUUUCCUUUUACACACUGCAGGGCUAUCUUUAUCCUAAAAAAAAAAGAAGAAAAAAAAGAAAAUUGUCACUAGCCUCAUGGGGGAUUUGCAGAAAACCAUUUAGCCCAUCUUCAACAAAAAGUAGAUUCCUCAUUGUUUUCUUAAGCUCAUUGUAAUAAAAGAAAUCUAGUUCAGCAUUAUUGUGCUACCUCAAAGGUAAAAUGUUUUAAGGUCUUUUUUUGGUCCUGAAUUCUACAUGUAGUGUUUGAAAUGUCUUUCAAUUGAAAUUAUUUUUAAAUCAUUGGGGAGAAUCUUAUUUUAACCCAUUUUACACUUGUAUUUUAAUCUCAGAAUAAGUGAUUGGAAAGGGAUCAAUUCUUGCUCUGUAGUAUUGAAUAUAUAACUAAAUCAUUGUUUGCCAUAAACAAGGUUGAGUUUUUUUUAAAAGGAAACUCUAGGGCUUGGCUUUGCUCUUGGUUAAUAAAGGCUGACAAAUCAUGUCUGA